AUGCUCAUAGCUCAGUUCACGCUCGACAAACUGGUCGGUGACCUGCGGACCCAGAACGAGUCCCUUCUCGAGAAGGCCAAGCGUUGGGCCACCGACGAGAAAAAACCCGGCUUCCGAGAGCUUCAGGAGCGUAAUCGAGUGCUUUCGGAACAACUUUUGAAGUCGCUCGACGGGUGCCGGUCGAUGAAGAGGAAGCUCCGGGCAGCCCACGAGGAAAACGGGAGCCUUCGAGCUGCCCUAGACGAGAUUGUGACGAGCCUUGAGAGAUUCAAGGCGAAAAACGAGCCGGAGGUUUUGGCUUUGGAGGAGCGUGCCGGUUUAUCGAUUCUUUCGUGUGUAUCGAUCGAUUUGUAA